AACCUCCUUCCUCCUUCUCAGAAGGGCUUAGACAGAGGCAGCAGCUCAGGGGGGCAUCUACUCUGCCUGCUUGCUCUGGACCCACCUCAGCUCUGGCUCCUCCAGGCCGGCAAUGGACUCAGCAGCCAAGGAUGAGAUGCAGCCAGAGUUGUCCCCUGGGCCUGAGUGGCCGGAGCAGGAGCGGGCAGAGCAGCUGGCCCGGGGUGCAGCGCUUAAGUGGGCCUCGGGCAUCUUCUACCGGCCGGAGCAGCUGGCCAGGCUAGGCCAGUACCGCAGCCGCGAGGUGCAGCGUACCUGCUCCCUGGAAGCACGCCUCAAGUCAGUGGUGCAGUCAUACCUGGAAGGCGUGCAGACUGGUGUGUGGCAGCUGGCCCGGGCCAUUGAGGCGGUGCAGGGAACCCGGGAGGCCCUGAGCCAGGCCCGUGGGUUGCUCCAGGGCAUGUCCCAGGCCUUACGGACUCUGGAGCCUCUACGGGAGCGGGUUGCCCAGUACAAGCAACUGCAGGCCCUGUCUCACUUGCUGCCUCGGCUGCGGGCAGUGCCAGCUGCAGUGGCCCACACACAGACCCUGAUUGAUGCCCAACAGUUCUUGGAGGCAUAUGUGAGCCUUCGGGAGCUGGAGCAGCUGCGAGAGGAUACGUGGGCACCCCUGGGGGGCCUGGAGUUGCCAGUCUUCCAGGGGCUGGACCUUCUGUUCGAGGCACUGGGCCAGGCUCUGGAAGCAGCUGCAGGGGCCGCGGGGAAGCUGGCACGGGAGGACCCAGCCCUGCUGGUGGCUGCUGUGCGUGUGGCGGAGGUGGAGACUGGACGAACAACCCCCCUGGGCCAGGUCCCCCGGGACUGGCGGCAGCGCUGUCUGAGAGCGCUACAGGAGGGCCUGGAGCAGACCCACUUUGGGUCACCUCUGCUGCCUGCGCCAGGGGCCCUACCAGGGUGGCUGGAGGCUCUGCGAGUGGCCCUGCCAGUUGAGUUGGCCACAGCUGAGGCACUAGUAGCACCUUGCUGCCCGCCGCAGUACAAUGUGGUCCAGCUAUGGGCCCACACACUGCAUAGCGGUCUGCGCCGCAGCCUGCAGCACCUCCUUGCAGGGCCGGAGCUGGAAGCUGCGGAUGCCUUCGCCUUGCUGCACUGGGCACUGCAUGUGUACCUGGGGCAGGAAAUGAUGGGGAGCCUGGAGUUGGGGCCUGAGGCUGAUGUGUCACAGCUGGAGCCCCUCCUGACCUUGGAGAACAUUGAGCAGCUGGAGGCAACAUUUGUGGCCAACGUCCAGGCAAGUGUGUCCCAGUGGCUGCAGAAUGCGCUGGAUGGGGAGGUAGCUGAGUGGGGCCGGGAGCAGGGGCCCAACACGGACCCGUCUGGCUCCUAUUACUCACCAAUGCCAGCCAUCGUGCUGCAGAUCCUGGAAGAGAACAUUCAUGUGGCCAGCCUGGUCAGUGAGUCACUACAACAGCGAGUGCAUGGCAUGGCACUGUCAGAACUGGGCACAUUCCUAAGGAGCUUCAGUGAUGCUCUGAUCCGAUUCUCCCGAGACCACCUCAGGGGGAAAGCAAUGGCCCCUCAUUACGUGCCCUACCUACUGGCCGCCCUCAACCAUCAGUCAGCACUCAGCUCCUCAGUGUCUGUCCUGCAGCUGGACGGGGCGCCUUCAGGGGCCUUGGCUCCGGUGGAAGCUGCGCUGGACAAGUUACAGAGGAGGAUCUGCCGCCUGGUGUUGGAGGCGCUGCAGGCGGAGCUCCAGCCCCUGUUCGCGGACCUGCCCUCGCGCCAGUGGCUGUCGAGCCCUGAGCUGCUGGAAAGUGUGUGCGAACGGACAGGGCGCUUCUGCCAGGACUUCGGGCGCGUGCGGAACCCCACGGUUCAGCUGCUACUGGCUGAGGCCGAGCGCGCCGUGGUGCUCCAGUACCUACGCGCGCUGAUGCAAGGCCGCCUGGUGUGCCGCGGAGCCGACGAGAGGACCCAGGCGGCCGAGCGCCUGCGGCACGAUGCUGCCCAGCUUCAGCAGCUUUUCCUCGGUUUGGGCCUGGAGGAGAACGCGCAGUGCGCGCCGGUGCUGCUCGCCCUGAGGGAGCUGCUAAACCUCCGUGACCCCGCACUGCUGGGCCUGGAGGUGGCUGGCCUGCAGCAACAGUUUCCCGACGUGAGGUGCGGACGGGGGUCCAGGAGGGAGGAGAAGCCGGAGGGCGGGGAGAACGGGGCUGACACGCCUCCUUGGUGCCCUGGCAGCGAGGACCACGUCUCCGCCCUCUUGGGCCUGCGCGGUGACUUGUCCCGGGAGCAGCAACUGGUCGCUCUCAGCUCGCUUCAGGCUGCGCUGCCGCCCUCGCCCCGCGCUAGCCGCCGCGCCCUCUUCAGCCUAGUGCCCGCCCCCGCGCCCGCGCCGGCCUCCUGCCUGCCCUCGGGGUCCUGCGCCCGAGCCCUGCUGCUCUCAGAAUAAAUCACGGCUCCCGGA